GGGUCUGCAGGCAAAGGGAGAAGAUGGCGGCGUUGGGGGAACCUGUGCGGCUGGAGAGGGAUAUUUGUAGAGCAAUUGAGUUACUGGAAAAACUGCAAAGAAGUGGAGAGGUACCACCACAGAAACUUCAGGCUUUACAAAGAGUCCUUCAAAGUGAAUUCUGCAAUGCUGUAAGAGAGGUAUAUGAACACGUCUACGAGACUGUGGACAUCAGUAGCAGUCCUGAAGUGAGAGCUAAUGCAACUGCAAAGGCGACUGUGGCUGCGUUUGCUGCCAGUGAAGGACAUUCUCAUCCUCGAGUUGUUGAGCUACCAAAAACAGAAGAAGGCCUUGGAUUCAAUAUUAUGGGAGGCAAAGAACAAAACUCUCCAAUCUAUAUAUCUCGAAUAAUUCCAGGUGGAAUUGCUGAUAGACAUGGGGGCCUCAAGCGAGGAGAUCAACUCCUUUCUGUUAAUGGAGUGAGCGUUGAAGGAGAACAUCAUGAAAAAGCUGUAGAACUGCUGAAAGCAGCUCAGGGAAAGGUUAAAUUAGUAGUACGAUAUACACCCAAGGUCCUAGAAGAAAUGGAGUCACGCUUUGAAAAAAUGAGAUCAGCGAAACGCAGGCAACAGACCUAAUGCAGUUCAAAACUUUAUAUUCCAUUUUGCUUUUAGCUAGAAAAGUUUUACUUGUGACCUACUGAUGGCCGCAAUGCCAAUGAUUGUAAAAAAGAAACAGAAACUUCCUGCGAAAUCCUCCUUGCCAUUUUAUAAACACCUAUUUUAACAUUGUUAUGGUUCCAGAGAUGCAUACGCUUUUUUCUGACAAGAAAAAGUGAAAGGUGAUGAGGGCAAUUCUGUCCUGCUGUUUUUACAGGCCUUUUUCAAAUGCAGAUUUUGUCAUAAAGUUGUUAUAGAUUUUUAAAAAUGCUUUUUUAAUAUUAAAAUGUACUUUUACAUUCUUAAUCUUUUUUUAGGGAAAAAAAA